GUACAGGCAACACUGCAUUAUAUUUUUAUUAUUUUAAAACAAUUUCAUGUUUUAAAGUUACUGGUCCUUUAAGGAUUUGGUUCAGCCAGGGAUUCAGCCCAAUGGAAUCUUUGUGAAUGAGUUGGCGUAUGCUUAGUUCAAGUAUUACAUAUAUUGCUGGGUAAACUGUAGAUACAGGUGUUGUUACACAGCAAAUACGUUUGGGACCUUUGUCGCGACUCCUGAACUAGUCUUAUGACGUUUUGAUCGUCGCUUGGUUAUUGGGAAAAUGAGGGUCAUGCACCAAAGCCAUGUCAUUGCCUGAAUUCAUUGUCAACUGCCUCUCCUUCUAAAUACAAUGAUCCAAAGAUAAGGAAAUCUAUUUCAUUCUGUAACUUAGAAUCAUUCACCCUGUAUAUUGUAUCAAUAAAUGACUAGUUACUAAAGAUUCACCUCUUUCCAAUAUAUUGGAAUCAGGACAGGCAAGUGAAGGUGAUUGUUUUCCUUAAAAUAAAAAUCAUUUCCUCAUAAUAAGGAAGGGGGGGGGACAACAAUAACUACGUCUGUACUGAAACUAUUUUAGGACAUAAUCAGCCAAAGUGAGUGAUGUGAUCUCCUAAGCCCACACAAUGCAGCUUUCUCUCUCAGAUCUCCCCCUCCUGUCACACCUUAAUGGUUCCCUCCUCCCUCUCGUAUAGUAUCUGGCUCCUCCCUCGUCAUUCCUCAGCGUUCAUCUUUCCUAGGAGCGAGGCGGAUAAUAAGGCUGAUGAAUGAGGGAGUCGUUCUAGAAGGGCUGAGUAACGAGACUGAGUUCUGAGAGGGACGGAGGAGUGAAUAGAGUCUUAUUGGAAGGGGGAGGAACAUAGCAGGAGAAGCCGCAUUGUGUUCGUAUAGUACAGACUGACUGAAAGAAAUGUCACUUCUCUUCCGGGUACGGCUGCUCGGCAUUGGGCAAGGAGGCAAUGUUGACAUUCUAGCUCCGCCUCCACCUUCAGCCAAUCAAUGACGCCGCUGCGCUGCUCCUUAUGAGGCGGAGCAGCAGAACUUCAUCCAUUCUGUGAUAUUUGGGCACAGAGCUAGUUCUGAGCUGCUGCGCUGUUUAUGUGAGAGAAAGUCCCUUUAUAUAACCCUCAUAUUUAAUAGCUGACCAGUUUGUGGCUUGAUUAGACAACAUUUUCAGGAGCGAAACAAAACGACCUUCCCGUCGCUCCCGUUCCAUAUCCAGUAGAGGUCAUAGUGUCCCCUACUGCUCAAUACAACAGCCUGAGGCGUUUUGUUAGUGGCAGUUCGUGGCAAAAAGUAAAGUCGGUUAAAACUCGGCAGUUACUGAAGCAGCGGUUGCUAAGGAAGAAGAAACUUUGUAGAUGUUGGCGUUACUAAGGAAGUGAGCUGGUCGUUACUAGGUUGGUAACCAAGGAAGUUGGAGGCAGCAGUCAUUCAGCAUCCGGUGCUGGGACAGAGUGUAGGACAGACUGACCGGCAAGCGUAGAAUGGCAGGUUUGUGACGAAAACGUCCUUGAAGCAGUGAACUUUGUGGCUUCUACUUGCUGGAAAACAAGAUGUCCAAGUCCAAGAGCUCGGAAUCUGUGCGGGUUGUGGUUCGUUGCCGUCCCAUGAACAGCAAAGAGCUGGCUGCUGGGUAUGAAAGGGUUGUUAAUGUGGAUGUAAAACUUGGGCAGGUGUCAGUAAAGGUUCAUAAGGGAGCCACCAACGAGCUGCCCAAGACAUUCACAUUCGAUGCGGUUUAUGACUCCAACUCGAAGCAAGUGGAGCUUUAUGAUGAGACUUUCAGGCCACUGGUGGAUUCUGUCUUGCUUGGCUUCAAUGGGACCAUUUUUGCAUAUGGUCAGACAGGAACAGGAAAGACCUACACAAUGGAGGGAGUGCGUAGUGACCCAGAAAAGAGAGGGGUAAUACCCAACUCAUUUGAGCACAUAUUUACUCACAUCUCAAGGUCUCAGAACCAGCAGUACCUGGUCAGAGCUUCCUACCUAGAGAUUUACCAGGAGGAAAUAAGAGACUUAUUAUCUAAGGAUCAGAGCAAACGCCUGGAGCUGAAAGAGAGACCUGAUACUGGGGUGUAUGUCAAGGAUUUGUCUUCCUUUGUUACCAAGAGUGUUAAAGAGAUUGAACAUGUCAUGAAUGUAGGGAAUCAAAACCGAUCUGUUGGAGCGACCAAUAUGAAUGAACACAGCUCUCGCUCACACGCCAUCUUUAUGAUCACAAUUGAAUGUAGUCAGAUUGGUUUGGAUGGAGAAAACCACAUCCGUGUUGGGAAGCUGAACUUGGUAGACUUGGCAGGGAGUGAAAGGCAAACAAAGACUGGAGCCCAAGGAGAACGGCUGAAAGAAGCAACUAAGAUUAAUCUCUCUCUUUCCGCACUAGGAAAUGUUAUCUCUGCUUUGGUUGAUGGCAGGAGCACUCACAUCCCAUACAGGGAUUCCAAACUCACCAGGUUACUGCAGGAUUCACUUGGUGGAAAUGCCAAGACUGUCAUGGUUGCCAAUAUAGGGCCAGCCUCCUACAAUGUGGAGGAGACAUUGACAACUCUGCGCUACUCUAACCGAGCCAAAAAUAUCAAGAACAAACCAAGAGUGAAUGAAGACCCCAAGGAUGCUUUAUUGCGGGAGUUUCAGGAAGAGAUUGCAAGGCUGAAAACACAGCUAGAGAAAAGAGUUGGAAUUAAAAGGCGAAGAAGGGGAAGAAGAAGAAUGGCAGGGGGAGAGGUAGAAGGAGAUGAGGACGAGGAAGGAGACUUAUAUGAAGGGGAUGAUGUUUUGGAAGAUAAAGAAGAUUAUUGGAGGGAGCAGCAGGAACGGCUUGAAAUUGAGAAGAAGGCUAUUUUGGAAGACCAUAGUUUGGUAGCAGAAGAAAAGCUGAAGUUACUAAAAGAACAGGAAAAGAAAAUGGAUGAUUUAAAAAAAGAGCGAGAAGCUAUGGAAAUGCUGAGUUCUAAAGUCAAGGCAAUGGAGAGCAAGCUGCUAGUUGGAGGAAAGAAUAUUGUGGAUCACACAAAUGAGCAGCAGAAGAUUCUGGAGCAGAAGCGGCAUGAGAUUGCAGAACAGAAAUGUCGCGAACGAGAGAUGCAGCAACAGAUGGAAAAUCAAGACGAGGAGACCCUGGAGCUGAAGGAGACAUACAGUUCCCUGCAGCAGGAGGUGGACAUAAAGACCAAGAAAUUGAAAAAGCUCUUCUCCAAGUUACAGGCAGUGAAAGCUGAGAUCCAUGACCUACAGGAAGAGCACAUUAAGGAGAGGCAGGAGCUGGAGCAGACACAGAACGAACUCACAAGGGAGUUAAAACUCAAGCACCUUAUCAUUGAGAACUUUAUUCCGCUGGAGGAGAAAAAUAAGAUGAUGAACAGAUGUUUCUUUGAUGAAGAGGAGGAUCAAUGGAAACUGCACGCAAUCAGCAGGCUAGAAAACCAGCAGAUGAUGAGGCGCCCAGUGUCAGCCAUAGGUUACAAAAGACCCUUGUGCCAACAUGCCAAAAUGUCCAUGAUGGUCCGACCUGAUUCCAGAUACAGGGCUGAGAAUAUUGUUCUGCUGGAGCUGGACAUGCCAAGUCGCACAACGCAUGAUUAUGAGGGCCCUGCUAUUGCCCCCAAAGUUCAGGCUGCCCUGGAAGCUGCUCUGCAGGAUGAAGAUGAUAUACAACUAGAUGCAUCGCGUUUUGAUUGUACGGCCAUUAAAAGAACAAAAGCAAGGCCCAAAAGCAGCAGGCGAACUGGAGCCAAUGGAAACUCCACAGGAUCUUCACUCUUUCCUCAGUCACGAGGCCUGGUACCCAAAUAAUCACAGGGACUCAAGAAAGGAAAUCCCUUAGUGUUACCAUGGGCAGGCUGUAUGGAUCUCAGGCACAAUCACUGGACUCAUGGAGUAGCAGAGACUGUUCAUCUAGCUGGGCCAAGGAGACCUUGUAUAUGUGUAUUUUCUGCAUGACUGCAAAAAGGCAUUUCCCUGGCAAGUUGGGGGUA